UCCCUCAUUUACACACUGACGCGGGUAUCUUUCGGACUUUCCGCACCACUCUCAAAGAAGAGAAGCACCUCUGCCGGCUGUAUUUAACCAGCUCACACCGACCUGCGCUGCUCGUUCACUGAAGCUCAGCAGACACAUCCACCAGCCUGAAAACUACUUUAUAAGGAUGGAUUCAACCGCUGUACUGUUACUGGCUCUCAUGAGCGCCAGCACUCUUCUCCUAGUGCAGGGGAAUGUGAUUGCCUUGUAUGGCGAGACCAUCACUGUACCAUGCAACGGUGGAGCUGCACCUCCAGAUGAUCUAAUGUUCGUCAAAUGGAAAUAUGAGAAAGAUGAUGGCACUGGCGACUUGCUCAUCAAACAGGCACAUAAGGACAAAGCCACAGUUCAGGCUACUGAUGAUUAUGCUCAGCGGGUCAGUAUCGAUGACAAGUUCAGUCUGCUCAUCGACCAGGCCACACUCAAAGACCAGAAGACCUUCACCUGCAUGGUGGUGUCAGGAGUCAACCUCAUGGAGUAUCCUGUCACUGUUGUUGUUCACAAGAAACCAUCAUCAGUGGAGAUCAUGGACAAGGCUGAUAUAUUGCAGAAGGACAAAACCACAACGGUGGGAACAUGUGUUGCGGCAGAUGCAAACCCUGCAGCUACUAUCACUUGGACUAAGAAUGGAAACCCCCUGGUAGCUGAUGGGAAAGCCAUUCUGAUCACUCCUAGCAUGAAGGUGGAUCCAGCCACAGGCCUGUCCACCACCUCCUCCACCCUGCAGUAUGCCGCCACCAAGGAGGACAUAGACGCAACCUUUAGCUGCAAGUCCACACAUGAGCAGGCCACUGAGGAGACCAAACUGGAUCCCUUUCCCAUUCACUAUCCGUCGGAGAAGGUUAGCCUGCAAAUUAUGUCCAAGAAACCCGUCAUGGAGGGAGAAAACGUGACGCUGAAGUGUCACGCUGACGGCAACCCCCCACCCAGCGCCUUCAUCUUCCACAUCAAGGAACAGAAAAUGCUGGUGAAAGAUUCGGACACAUACACUUUGACUGCCAUCAACAGAGAGGAUUCGGGUGAAUACAAAUGCUCUCUGGCUGACAAUGAGAAAAUGGAGGACUCCCAAAGCAUCGUUGUUAACUACAUGGACCUGAAUCUGAGUCCCACCGGGAAGGUUGUGAAGACAUGGGGGGACACAUUGUCUGUGAAGAUGGAGAAGAGCGCCUCGGGUGAAGCCAAAAUAUUAUGGACUAAGAAUGGAAAGUCAGUGAAUGAGCCUUCCUUUUCUAAGCUCACCUACGCUGAUGCAGGAGUCUACAAAUGUGAAGUGUCCAUGCUUGACCUGACACGAGAGCAGAGCUUUGAACUGGUUGUAGAAGGAAAGCCUAUGAUCACCAGCCUGACCAAACACCGUGCUGGUGAUGCCCAAUACAAAGUUCUGACCUGCGAGGCUGAGGGAGUGCCAGAGCCCAUCUUCCAAUGGAGUGUCAAUAGCUCAAAUGAGGAGAGCUCCUACAUCAAUGGCAAGGCCACCCAUAAAAUCACUGUGGUCCCCAAGGUGAACCUGACUGUCACCUGCACUGUCAGCAACAAGCUUGGCGAUGAUGUCAUGACGAUCAAUGUCUCCUCUGUUUUUAAAGAGGAGAAACAGGAAAGAGGCUCUCCAGAGGAUUCCGGGGACCAGGCGAAGCUCAUAGUUGGGGUGGUGGCAGGGCUCCUCAUAGCUGCUGCUGUGGUGGGACUCAUCUACUGGCUCUACAUGAAGAAUUCAAGACAAGGAAGCUGGAAAACUGGAGAGAAGGAGGUGGGGACAUCUGAGGAGAGCAAGAAACUGGAGGAGAACAAUCACACUGUUUAAAGGAGCUCAGGCUGUAAUGUGUGUGAUGAAAGAGAAGCAGUUGAAAGCAGCCUUGCAACAUCAAAAACACAGACUCCCAGUUGGCUGCUGACGCGCUCCAUCAGGCUCCACAUAAGCAGCAACAAUCAGAGAAAUGUUUCCACCAAGACCUGCCCACAGCCUGCUGUCCCACCUCACUGUUUGAAGUCUUUACUGAGGCUGCCUCGUGUUACUGUGUCAUUUUGUUUUUGUGUUCCUGGUGAAUGCUCCCUGUUAUGUUUUGUUCAGGAGAUUCCAUGAGGCUGUGUGGUGGAGGUUCUUCUUUUCUUUUUUUUUGUGGCUUUGGUUUUUCUUUUAUGAUCUUUUUUUUUUCUAAUUUGUUCUCAAAUUUCUUCAAAGAAUGUAAAUUCCUUUUUUCCACUUUUCAAGGCCUGUAUAACAAAUCCUAAUUAUGCGUGUGCCCUGGCUGAGCAUGCCGAUGUUUAUUUUUAUUUUGACUUUUUUGUGCGCUUUGUGUGGAGAAGCCUUUUGUUUGGCUGAGCUCAGAGAAAAAGACACUUCACUGCUGUAUAACCUUACUGAAAAUGUCCUCAAACUUUGCAGAAGAUAACCUCAACAUUUCUUGGCUUAUGUUCUCUGGUUUUGAAACACUGGCAAAUGAAUAUUUAGUCAAUGGAUUCCCACGACAGUAAGAGUCCUAGCUAUAGUCAUAAUAUUAAAUAAGGAACUGGAUGUACUGUGAAUUAUUUCUAUACAUGCAGUUUAUUCUAACUGUAAUCCAAAAAAAAAGCAAACUACUGUGUUUUAAAUUGCAUUUGUGCAGGUGUAAAUUGGUUAUGGGCAAAUGGAGCAUUUACACACACUCAACCACUAAUUCUUUGUUUUUGUACAUUUCUUCCCUAUUUCAGCCCCUUUCAUUUUGUUUUCUUUGAAGUCUCCAGAGGGACUUUUGGACUCAUUUAUGUUGCAGAUCAUUUUAAAAAGGAAGAAGUAGCGAAAAGGCGAGAAGUUAUCAGAAAAGCAACAAGUUGUAAGAAAUGCUAAAUUAUGUUCUGCCAUAAUGUUUCUUUUCUUCUUUUUUUGAAGUUGAUACUAAAAAUGACGUUGUUCACAUGUUGUUUGGUUUAAUACACUACAUUGUUGUCUUCAUGUCUUCACCUGGGCACAUGUCUGCUCUAUAGUUGAGACAUUAGUUUUUGGAGUAGAUUUCACAUUUUCUUUUUGGAAGAGCUUUACUGAAGCCAGGUCUGAAUGUUCUAUUUGUUUUGUUCUUUUUUUUUUUUGUGUGUAUUUGAUGUAUUUAUAUUCUGUGUGCAACCUACCUGGAUGGCUGUGCUGCAGCAUGCGAGAUAAUAAUAUUAAUCCUGCGUGGAAGGCAUCAUGUGUUGAAAAGGUACUGUAUGGUGGGAGAGUUACAUGAGAGUGAAUGAGGUAAUACAAGAUCCUCACUCACUCUCUGUGGUAUUGUAAUGAUGGUAUUUUAAGCUCAGUGAAGGAUAACCCAAACUGAAGACAGUGGUUGAGAGUAGCAGAUAGGAUGGGGUGUGUAAAGAUGAUGGCUCUCUGGGUUUACAGCAUUCUGCUCUUAUCCCAUAAUAAAACCCCACAGCAGUCCACCAAUAGG